AUGUCAGAACGAGCACUGCGGCGGACCACUUUUAGUGGUAGAUUGCUGCGUUUUAAGGAGGAAGAAGAGGAAAUCGACCGAAAAACGGCAAUUAUCAAGGGAGGAAUCUACAUGGCUCUCGAUAUUGCUAUAGUGCUUGUGAUCAGUUGUUCGCUGUUCUUGUGGUUUUCUGGAUCCGGAAUCAACCCCUACGAACGUGCGAUGCCGUGUGGUGAUAUGGCGAUUCAACAGCCAUUCAAGGAAAAUACAGUUGGGCUGAAACAUCUCCUCGUCGUCACCCUUGGAUCUCCAUUUCUCAUCGUUGCUCUGGUUGAAGCCAUCCUUCAUUACAAAGCUAAGGGUUCCAACCGUCUUGCCAAAUUCUUCUCCGCCACCACAAUCACCUAUCUCAAAUAUCUUUUGAUGUAUGCUGCGUGCACCUUUGCUAUGGAAUUUCUCAAGUGCUACGUCGGUCGCCUUCGUCCACAUUUUGUCAGUGUGUGCAAGCCAGAUUGGUCUAAGGUGGAUUGCAGUGACAAAGAAAGCUUCAUUGAUCCAAGCGACCUGGUGUGCACGAAUCCGAAUCCUAGAAAGAUCCGCACCGCGCGCACAUCGUUCCCUUCCGGCCACACUGCCGCCGCAUUCCAUGUCUUCCUCUUUGUUUACAUCUACUUGAGAAGAAUGGCGACAAACACCGGAAUCAAAGAGAUCAUCACGGUUCGCAACAUUCUCGUCCCUUUCUACACAAUCUGGACAGUGGUGUGUGCGGUAACGAGAGUCACCGAUAAUUGGCACUUCCCAACUGACGUUCUCGGUGGUGUAAUCUUGGCAAUUGUGUUCAUUGUUCCUGCAUUCCGCAACUCCUGGACUUCUACGGAAAUGAUCUACGGCACUCGUAAAAUUCAACCAGCCAAUGAUUUUGACAAAAAUAAGUGA